UUUCCCUUGUAAAACAGAGUGGGUCCCAAGUGCCACCUGUACAUUAUACACUGAGUGUACAAAACAUCAAGGACACCUUCCUGAUAUUGAGUUGUCCCCCCUCCUUUUACCCUCAGAACAGCCUUAAUUAGUUGGGGUAUGAACUCUACAAGGUGUUGAAAGCGUUCCACAGGGAUGCUGGCCCAUAUUGACUCCAAUGCUUCCCACAGUUGUGUCCAGUUGGAUGUCCUUUGGGUGGUGGACAAUUCUUGAUACACACAGGAAACUGUGGAGCGUGAAAAACCCAGCAGUUCUUGACACAAACCGGUGCACCUGGCACCUAAUACCAUACCCCGUUCAAAGGCACUUAAAUUUGUCUUGUCCAUUCACCCUCUGAAUGGCAACACAAACACAAUCCAUGUCUCAAUUGUCUCAAGGCUUAAAAAUCCUUCUUUAACCAGGUCUCCUCCCCUUCAUCUACACUGAUUGAAGUGGAUUUAACAAGUGACAUCAAUAAGGGAUCAUAUCUUUCACCUGGAUUCACCUGGUCAGUCUGUCAUGGACAGAGCAGGCGUUCAUAAUGUUUUGUCCACUCAGUGUAUAAUGUGUUGUCGUUUGGGAAGCAUCCUUGUUAUCUCAAUAGGAUUUAUUUUGGACUUCCUGGUUUGAGGUUCAAAUAAAAGAGUUUGACAUUGGAAGGGGGUGGAACUAUGUUGAGAGGUGGUAGGAGGUGUUAUAAUGUGAUCUCCAAUAGGCAGAGUCUGUGUGGAAACCAGAGGGAAUCUGUCAGGACUGAGUAGGACACGUGAUAACGAGCAGUAUUCAUUCAGGUUUCUUUCAGGGUUUUCGUCACUGGUUAUUUGGACGUAUCAGUAUUGGGUGAAAGCAGUGCUUCAUUUGCUUCGCCUCGAGUGCUUCGAACAUGUGCCCAUGCAGAUCGGGGGGGGGGAUUCUUUCCCUUGUCAUAUUUCAAUUUGACAUCUUUGUAAUUUACCAGACACUCUUAUCCAGAGAGACUUACAGGAGCCAUUAGGGUUAAGUGCCUUGUUCAAGGGCAGAUUUUUCACCUAGUUGACUCGGGAUUUGAACCAGCAACCUUUAUGUUACUGGUCCAAUACUCUUAACCGAUAGGCUACCUGCCACCACAUAUGUCAUCACUCCACCAGUCUGAGAUGAAGAGAUGUGGGAGACUGAAUAGAGAGAGUGAAGGGAAAGUUGAGAGAGAGGAGACAGAGAAAACCACCUGCUUCUCAGAGCUCUAAGAACAUUACUGAGGAUUAGCAGGGAGUCUACUAGAGUACAGCUCUCUCUCUCUCUACCCCACUCUCUACUUCUCUUUUUCUACCUCCCUCUCGCUCUACUUCUCUUUUUCUACCUCUCUGUCUCCCUCUACCUCUCUUUCUCUACCGCUCUCUCUCUAGCUCUCUCUCUCUCUAGCUCUCUCUCUCUCUCUCUCUCUCUACUUCUCUACCCCACUCUCUACCUCUCUCUCUACCUCUCUCUCUACCUCUCAAUUUCAAUUCAAGGUCUUUAUUGGCAUGGAAAACAUAUGUUAACAUUGCCAAAGAAAGUGAAGUAGAUGAUAAACAAAAAUGAACAGUAAACAUUACACGCACAAAAGUUCCCAAAGACAUUACAAAUGUCAUAUUAUGUGCAAAUUGUUAAAGUACAAAAGGGAAAAUAAAUAAACAUAAAUAUGGGUUGUAUUUACAAUGGUGUUUGUUCUUCACUGGUCACCCUUUUCUUGUGGCAACAGGUCACAAAUCUUGCUGCUGUGAUGCACACUGUGGUAUUUCACCCAGUAGAUAUGGGAGUUUAUCAAAAUCGGGUUUGUUUUCUAAUUAUUUGUGGAUCUGUGUAAUCUGAGGGAAAUAUGAGUCUCUAAUAUGGUCAUACAUUGGGCAGGAGGUUAGGAAGUGCAGCUCAGUUUCCACCUCAUUUUGUGGGCAGUGUGCACAUAGCCUGUUUACUCUAGAGAGCCAGGUCUGCCUACGGCGGCCUUUCUCAAUAGCAAGGCAAUGCUCACUGAGUCUGUACAUAGUCAAAGCUUUCAACAGUCCUUGUUGGGUUGGAGGGUUUGUAUUUUCUCUCUCUGCUCUUCAAUUGACAGUUUGUUCUGUCGUCUCUUCCUUCAGAUUCUAUUCCAUCACAUCCUUCACCUGUUGUCGAGAGGAGGGUUUAUACGAAACCACACACACACACACACACACACACACACACACACACACACACACACACACACACACACACACACACACACACACACACACACACACCUUCACCUGUUGUCGAGAGGAGGGUUUAUACGAAACCACACACACACACACACACACACACACACACACACACACACACACACACACACACACACACCUUCACAUGUUGUCGAGAGGAGGGUUUAUAUGAAACCACACACACACACACACACACACACACACACACACACACACACACACACACACACACACACACACACACACACACACACACACCUUCACCUGUUGUCGAGAGGAGGGUUUAUACGAAACCACACACACACACACACACACACACACACACACACACACCUUCACUCUGUGGUGUAGCCUGUGACUGUGGUGUAGCCUGUGACUGUGGUGUAGCCCGUGACUGUGGUGUAGCCUGUGACUGUGGUGUAGCCCGUGACUGUGGUGUAGCCUGUGAUAACAAGCUGUUCUUCUCUCAUUGGUUUUCAGGUGUUAACCUUCGACAUGGUCAGGAGAACCGUAAGACAUCACUUCUGCACUGGAAUACCUGAAUAACCCAAUGCCCUCAAGUUUGUGUUUGUGUAGAAAAUAGAUUAAGUACAGAAAUUACAGGCAUAUCAUGUAUCUCCUCUUCUUCUCCUCGCCUUCCUGUCCUCCUCUCCCCUUCCUCUCUUCUCUCCUUCUCUCAUCUUUUCUUCUCUCAUUCUCUCCUCUUUCCUUCUCCUCGUCUCGCCUCUCUUCUCUCCUUCUUUUCUCUCUCCUCUUUCCUUCUCCUCGUCUCGCCUCUUCUCUCCUCCUUCUUUUCUCUCUCCUCUUUCCUUCUCCUUGUCUCGCCUCUUCUCUCCUCCUUCUUUUCUCUCUCCUCUCCUCUUUCCUUCUCCUCGUCUCGCCUCUCUUCUCUCCUCCUUCUUUUCUCUCUCCUCUUUCCUUCUCCUCGUCUCGCCUCUCUUCUCUCCUCCUUCUUUUCUCUCUCCUCUCCUCUUUCCUUCUCCUCGUCUCGCCUCUUCUCUCUCCUCCUUCUUUCCUCUCUUCACUCUCCUCCUUAUGUCCUCCUCUCCUCCUUAUUUAUCCCCCUCUAUCCUCUCCUCAUGUCCUCCUCUCCUCCUUAUUUACCCCCCUGUAUCCUCUCCUCUCUCCUUAUGUCCUCCUCUCCUCCUUAUUUACCCCCUCUAUCCUCUCCUCUCUCCUCAUGUCCUCCUCUCCUCCUUAUUUACCCCCCUGUAUCCUCUCCUCUCUCCUUAUGUCCUCCUCUCCUCCUUAUUUACCCCCUCUAUCCUCUCAUGUCCUCCUCUCCUCCUUAUUUACCCCCCUGUAUCCUCUCCUCUCUCCUCAUGUCCUCCUCUCCUCCUUAUUUACCCCCUCUAUCCUCUCCUCAUGUCCUCCUCUCCUCCUUAUUUACCCCCUCUCUCCUCUCCUCUCUCCUGCUCCCCAGAACAUUUUCUUUACACAAGCCCUAAUGAGGUCAGCUGUCAAAUCGUCUGUGUCCCUCACAGCCUUUGUCAAGUACGUGACAACCCACCACAAUCACGACCCGUUCCUGACAACCCCUGUCCCCAGCAACCCCUGGAUCACGGACAGUGAUGAGUUCUGGCAACUCAACUCAAGAAGUGUGGACAUCCCCACUAAGUUGAGUGUGGAGCGUUGGGUGUUGAGCUUCUGGGAGCUGAUCAGUGACCCACGAGGCAGAGUCGACUUCAAGCUCUUCCUCAAGAAGGAGCACAGUGCGGAGAACAUGGCGUUCUACGAGGCAGCUGAGGAGAUGAGGUGGGGAGCAGCAUCUGCCAUACCAGAGAAAUCCCAGUUCAUCUUCAACACCUUUCUGAAACCUGGAGCUCCUCGAUGGAUCAACAUUGAUGGUCGUACCAUGGGGCUGACGGUGAAGGGCCUGGUUGUUCCUCACCGCUACGUCCUCGACGCUGCCCAGACACACAUCUUCCUGCUCAUGAAGAAGGAUACCUUCUACCGUUAUCUCAAGUCUCCGGUCCACAAAGACAUGCAGAAGAGGGCUCUGGUCCCGUCGCCUCACGUCUUCACUGAUGCCCAGUUGGAGGCCAAUGUGAAGAAUCGUAACCCAGGCGUCAGCCCCAUCCUGCUGUGGCAGCAGGAGGAGGAGGAGAAGGCAGCAGCAGCUGUUGCUGCCAGGCCCAUUGACGUCAAAGCCAUGGUGGCCACCAACAAGCUGGACAGGAAGUAGAGAGAGCCCAGGGCAUCAUGGGAAAUAGAGUUUAAUAUACAUACUGUUGUUCAUCUAAUAUAUAUUUGGUUUCCAUGGAGAUGGUGUUACAUAGGACUACUUAAAGUCCUAAAUAAUGGACUUACUAGUUAUUGUUUUAAUGGAGAUAUUGGUAAUGUAUAGAAUAACUGAUGUCCUCGACCACUGAUGUCAAGCCAGUACGGAUUGGUUGAUUGAGGGAAAUAAACGAUUGGCUGUUGAGUAGCUGUGUUUCGUUAAGGCCAGUUACUGCACCAGUUAAGGCCAGUUACUGUGCUGAGAAUGAAUCUGCUGACCAGAUGAUAAAAGCUACUUUAGUUCAGAUGCACAGAGAACAGGGACUGUCUGUAGGGGCCCUCUGAUACACAACAUACUAUAUCAACUGCUGCAGCGGAGAAAUCUAUACAUCUGGAAGAGCCACGUGACUGUUAGAAGGAAAUGGAAAGCCAGAGGUAGAUACCAGUUGAUACCAGUCUGCAACUAGAUCGAUACAUUAUCAUUGCCAGUCUUCAGCCAGAGAGAGAUAACAGUUAUCUUUACCAGUCUUCAGCCAGAGAUGGAUAACAGUUAUCGUUACCGGUCUUCAGCCAGAGAUGGAUAACAGUUAUCGUUACCAGUCUUCAGCCAGAGAUAGAUAACAGUUAUCGUUACCGGUCUUCAGCCAGAGAUAGAUAACAGUUAUCGUUACCAGUCUUCAGCCAGAGAUAGAUAACAGUUAUCGUUACCGGUCUUCAGCCAGAGAUAGAUAACAGUUAUCGUUACCGGUCUUCAGCCAGAGAUAGAUAACAGUUAUCGUUACCGGUCUUCAGCCAGAGAUAGAUAACAGUUAUCGUUACCGGUCUUCAGCCAGAGAUAGAUAACAGUUAUCGUUACCGGUCUUCAGCCAGAGAUAGAUAACAGUUAUCGUUACCGGUCUUCAGCCAGAGAUGGAUAACAGUUAUCGUUACCAGUCUUCAGCCAGAGAUAGAUAACAGUUAUCGUUACCGGUCUUCAGCCAGAGAUAGAUAACAGUUAUCGCUACCGGUCUUCAGCCAGAGAUAGAUAACAGUUAUCGUUACCAGUCUUCAGCCAGAGAUAGAUAACAGUUAUCGUUACCGGUCUUCAGCCAGAGAUAACAGUUAUCGUUACCAGUCUUCAGCCAGAGAUAGAUAACAGUUAUCGUUACCAGUCUUCAGCCAGAGAUAGAUAACAGUUAUCGUUACCGGUCUUCAGCCAGAGAUAGAUAACAGUUAUCGUUACCGGUCUUCAGCCAGAGAUGGAUAACAGUUAUCGUUACCAGUCUUCAGCCAGAGAUAGAUAACAGUUAUCGUUACCGGUCUUCAGCCAGAGAUAGAUAACAGUUAUCGCUACCGGUCUUCAGCCAGAGAUAGAUAACAGUUAUCGUUACCAGUCUUCAGCCAGAGAUAGAUAACAGUUAUCGUUACCGGUCUUCAGCCAGAGAUAACAGUUAUCGUUACCGGUCUUCAGCCAGAGAUAACAGUUAUCGUUACCAGUCUUCAGCCAGAGAUAGAUAACAGUUAUCGUUACCGGUCUUCAGCCAGAGAUAGAUAACAGUUAUCGUUACCGGUCUUCAGCCAGAGAUAGAUAACAGUUAUCGUUACCAGUCUUCAGCCAGAGAUAGAUAACAGUUAUCGUUACCGGUCUUCAGCCAGAGAUAGUUAACAGUUAUCGUUACCAGUCUUCAGCCAGAGAUAGAUAACAGUUAUCGUUACCAGUCUUCAGCCAGAGAUAGAUAACAGUUAUCGUUACCGGUCUUCAGCCAGAGAUAACAGUUAUCGUUACCGGUCUUCAGCCAGAGAUAACAGUUAUCGUUACCAGUCUUCAGCCAGAGAUAGAUAACAGUUAUCGUUACCGGUCUUCAGCCAGAGAUGGAUAACAGUUAUCGUUACCAGUCUUCAGCCAGAGAUAGAUAACAGUUAUCGUUACCGGUCUUCAGCCAGAGAUAGAUAACAGUUAUCGUUACCGGUCUUCAGCCAGAGAUAGAUAACAGUUAUCGUUACCAGUCUUCAGCCAGAGAUAGAUAACAGUUAUCGUUACCGGUCUUCAGCCAGAGAUAGAUAACAGUUAUCGUUACCAGUCUUCAGCCAGAGAUAGAUAACAGUUAUCGUUACCGGUCUUCAGCCAGAGAUAGAUAACGGUUAUCGUUACCGGUCUUCAGCCAGAGAUAGAUAACGGUUAUCGUUACCAGUCUUCAGCCAGAGAUAGAUAAUUUAUCGUUACCACAGUCUGCAAAAUGUAUAUUAUAUUUGUGUGUGUUUGUAAGUCUCACAUGUUCCAUACCUCUGUAGGUGGUGUAUUGUUCAUGUCUUUUGCAUCAUUUGUCUGUCUCUAGCUAUUUCUACAACACUAUGUCAAAGCUGAACCUGUCUACACACUCCUGUCUGUCUGUCAGUGUAUAGAACAUGUCUGUCUGUCUGUCAGUGUAUAGAACAUGUCUGUCUGUCUGUCUGUCAGUGUAUAGAACAUGUCUGUCUGUCUGUCAGUGUAUAGAACAUGUUGUCUGUCUGCAGGCUGACGUUUUGUUCCCCUCUACCUCUGUUCUGAUAAUCCGGUCUCCGACCCAAUUAUUAUAAAAUAUGUAAUAAAACCAUAAAUCCUUUAAUGGA